AUGAAACAACCCAUCGAGAAGCUCACCACACUAGUGGUCUUGGGCCUCAUGCCCUUGGUCUUUGCCCAUGGUGCUCAUGAAGACGGCGGAGACGGCAUGUCCAUGAAUAUGGAUAUGCCCCUCGGCGCCGCAGAAGAACCCAAACCCAACGAUAGCUACCCACCAACAUAUUUCGCUCUCGCAGAUCAUGCCGGUGUCAUGUACGCGCACAUCGGGGCGAUGGUGCUUGCCUGGGUCUUCGUUCUGCCAGUUGCCGUCAUGCUUUCAAUCGCGCGCUCACGGUAUACGCUGGCGCUCCAAUUUAUCUUCCUUGCGAUGAAUGCGCUUGGCGUAGUCCUGGCCACGGUCUACAACGCCAAUACCCCCGAUCUGUAUCCUAACAACGCUCAUAGCAAGCUUGGCUGGCUGGUGACCUGGGUCGUGUCGGCGCAGGUCUUAAUCGGGCUGCUAGGAAAGGUUGCCGGCGCUUCGAGUAGCCGUAAUUUUGAAACAUACAACAAGAACGAGUACCAGUCCUUCAUUCCCGUUUCUACAGCCGCUAUGGCUGAGCACCACCGCAUGAAUGGGUCGCCAUUUGCCAACAAGUACCGACUGUCCAAUGACAGCGGACAGGGCACCGAGCCUUGUACCGAGUCACUUCGAAGCCACUCCCGGUCUUCCUCUUCGAACGAAGUCUCUCCGCGCGUCUCUGAUGUCCACCGCAAAGAAUAUGUUGAGGAUGGCGACGAAUUGGAGGACGGUCCAUCCAUGCCUAUGCUCACUGUCAGCCACGAGAACAAGGCCGGCUCGCUAAUCGCGAAGGUGACGGGAAAGAUCUCUUCUAGAGUGCGGAAAGGCCUGCUCUGCGUCUACAACUUUGUUGACAGGACCAUCCUACCUCUGGGCUUCGCUACAUUUUGCUUGGGCAUCGUGACCUACGGGAGAUUCUUCGAGGGCAAUGGGAUCUUUAGCGGUCUGGCGCAUUGGAUCAAGGGUGGAAUUUUCUUCUGGCUUGGUUUGCUAACCCUCGGCCGGUGGACCGGCAGUUUCGGCGAACUCGGAUGGGCGUGGAACCUUCGGCCGAUACGAGCCGACGGCAAGUGGCGGCCCUCGGCGGAAUUUGUCGAGAGCGCCCUCAUUUUCGUCUACGGCUCAACCAAUAUUUUUCUUGAGCAUCUCGGAAACUGGGGAGGUGAAUACAGCGCCCAGGACUUGGAGCACAUUUCAAUCACGGUCCUGUUCAUCGGUGGUGGGAUGUUUGGCAUGCUCAUCGAGUCGAGCCGCAUCCGUGAUCUCUUGAAUACAUCCGUCGUCGAUAUCGCUACAACCAAUCUGGAGCAGACAUAUGACGACGAGGAGCGCGAAAUCCUGCAGCCCCCGAAGCAAUAUGGAGUCUCCAUCAACCCCAUUCCGGCGCUCGUCAUUCUCCUCCUGGGGAUCAUGAUGAGCUCGCACACCCAACACUCGAUGAUCUCAAGCAUGGUGCACAAGCAGUGGGGCAACCUUUUGACGGGUGCUUCGUUUGCGCGAGGCUUCACUUACGUGAUCAUGUACCUGAAGCCUCCCAAGUCUGUUCUCCCGUCUCGGCCUCCAACGGAGCUCCUGGCCGCAUUUGGCUUGAUCUCUGGAGGCAUCAUCUUCAUGGCCAGUGCUAGCGACACGGUCGAUGGAAUGAUCCAUUACGAGCUUGAUGCCAUGUUCAUGUAUACUGUGACCAUGGGACUGGUGGGUGUCCUGAUGGCAUGGGAGAUCAUCGUCCUUGCCAUCAAGGGCUGGGCAGUGCGCAAAGAGGCCGGCAGGCAAUCCUACAGGCUCGCUUGA